CAGCAGGCCCUGUAGGGCUAACACGGAACAAUUGUGACGUAAUAACUGCGCUUUCAGUUUGUUGGCGUCAGAUGUUACACGGUAACAAAUAAGAGAAGGAAGGAGUCUAAACGAUCUCAUUAUCUGGGAACAGACAGGGACUUCAGAAAGUUGACAGUUGUGUGUAAAGAUCCGAGGAGACGAUAUGUUCCUGUAUAUUUUGGGCCCCAUAGUCUUGUUCUAUGUGUACCGGUGGUUCAGAGAAUUGGAAAGAGUUUCCAAUAGAUCAGAGAAGUUUGUGUACAUCACAGGCUGUGAUUCAGGCUUCGGGAAUCUCUUGGCCAGACACUUGGAUGAAAAGGGUUUCCGUGUCAUCGCUGGCUGUUACACGGAGAAGGGAGAGGAUGAGUUGAAGAAGACCUGCUCUGACAAACUCACUACAUUGCAUUUGGAUGUGACUAAUAAUGACAACAUCAACAAAGCCACUGACACCAUUAAAACCCUGGUGGGAGAGAGGGGUCUUUGGGCCGUGGUUAACAACGCUGGUGUCUCCAUCCCAACUGCUCCCAAUGACUGGCUGGUUAUUGAAGACUUUAAACACAUGAUAAAUGUCAACCUGUUAGGAGUUAUUGCUGUCACUCUGAGUGUCUUACCUCUCAUUAAGAAAGCAAAGGGCAGAGUGGUUAAUGUGGCCAGUAUAUUUGGAAGGAUUAGUGCCCUUGGCGGGGCAUACUGCAUAUCCAAGUAUGGAGUAGAGGCGUUCAAUGACAGUCUAAGGAGGAACAUGGCACCGUUUGGAGUUAAGGUUUUAUGUAUCGAACCUGGAUUCUUUAAAACAAGCGUUACUGACUCUGGUAUCAUACAGAGUAGUUUAGAGAAAUUAUGGGCGAAGUUGCCUCAGGAUGUCAAGGAUGAGUACGGCAGUGACUACGUAGACAGAAUGAAGCUAAGGAUGGCGGAGAAGUAUGAGAAGAUGUUGGAUGCAGAUCUGAUGAAGGUGGUGAGCUGCUUGGAGCAUGCUGUGGCUGCCGUCCAUCCUCGUACCCGAUAUUCUCCAGGCUUGGAUGCCAAGUCCUUCUGGUUGCCUCUCUCCUACAUGCCAACCUUCAUCUCUGAUGCUCUCAUUUUAAGAGAUUCUGUUAAACCAAAAGUUUCAAUUCUGUAGGCAGACGAUACCUUGUCAUAAACAGCCACUUCUCUGUGGUAUAGCCUAGCCUACUCUUAUGUAACACAUGAUUAAGCCACAUUUCAAUCUGUAAAGAAAUGUAUAUGGUUAAAUAAAAAACUUUAUUAUAUAUUUUCACAACAAUAAUAGAUAUGAAUAAAAUUAUUUUUAAUUUUUUUUAUGUUUUAUGUAACGUCUGUGGGUAGGUGUUUCAUUGCACCUAAAUAUAAUGUAGCCUAUAUUGCAGAGACAGCCAAAUAAACCAUAUAAGAUACUUA